AUGCCCGCGGAUGGAGGAAAGAACCACCCACGGCACGAGAGGGUGUGGAAGAAGGUGACGGUGUGCUAUGUAGAGGUGUGCGACGUGUUUCCGGAGAUGCGCGAUCACACCAAAGACGUCGCUCGAAUUGUUAGGAGUUAUGACGGGUUUGACUUUGUGCCACUUCGAAUACAGGACGCCUUUAGCAGCGACUGGUGGGAUCCCAUAGCUGGUGCACAGAGCUUGGAGCAGUUGGGCGUGGACCUGACGGACGAAGAGUUGCGUAUAACAGUGAACACGCCGUUGAGGCCAGCGUCAUCCGUCGAGGCUUUGCGCACCCACCUCGGAUCUCUCCCGACUACCACUGCAGCUGCUUCCAGCGUGCAGACGUUUAUCCGCCUCUUGUUGCUGCAUACUGCCGUGAAGACUGGAUCCUCGCACUUAGUUCUCGGGACAUCGCUGACAAGCCUCGCAGUCUCUCUCAUAUCAGGAGUUUCGCAAGGAAGAGGAUUUAAUAUUCGAGAGGAGACGCAAGAGGAGUGGGAGCCGGAUCAAACGCCACGCGAGGCUCGGGAGUCGAAAGAUUCUACUCUUCCCAGAUCUCAAAAGGAGAAGCACUCUGUAAGGGUCGUCCGGCCGCUGCGCGACAUUGGGAUGAAAGAAUGUGCGAUAUGGGCUUGGUGGAUGAACAUCAAGGUCGUCGGACAGGAGAAAUGGCUGUGGUCAGGCUCUAAGCAAGAUAUCGGUGCGCUAACUAGAGGCGAGUUCAACUUGCAUUACUUUAUUUUUGGAUUGGAGAAGGAUUAUCCGUCUACUGUCUCGACUGUCGUCCGAACAUGCACAAAAGUCGCACCAAAGGGUGAUGCUGCGGGACGAUGUGCUUUGUGCGCCCGACCAGUGCAGGAAGGCAUACAAGAGUGGAAAUCAAGAAUCUCAAUACGAACGUCGUCACAUCUUGUUUCGAAAGACGCUCACCAGUUGCAUACACCUCCUUCGCUGGUCCCGUUCUUGUGCUACGCAUGCAAUGCGACAAUGACAAGUAGAAGCACUCGUCCGAUGCCGACGCUUGGCCCUUCGGCGGUGAAGGCGUCUAUCAUACCGUUGCCCAAAUGGGCUGAGACACGGCUGUCUGAGCAGGAGAUUUUCAGGACUGAGUUGAUGAGCGAAGAGCAGAAGAAGAACUCAUUGGAGGAGUUUCUACUGGAGGACCCCGAGUAG